GCUUUUCGUUGGCAUGCUCAGCAAGCAGCAGACUGAGGAAGAGGUCAAGCAGCUUUUCCAAUCGUUUGGAGCCAUAGAGGAGUGCACUAUUCUCAGGGGACCAGACGGCGUGUCGAAAGGUUGUGCCUUUGUGAAGUACGGCUCGCAUUCGGAAGCUCAAGCAGCAAUCAACAGCCUUCACGGAAGCCAAACCAUGCCUGGAGCGUCUUCAAGUCUGGUGGUGAAGUUUGCGGACACGGAGAAGGAGCGUCAGUUGCGCAGAAUGCAGCAGAUGGCCGGCAAUGUGAACCUGUUGUCGCCGUUUAUGUUCAACCAGAUCCCGACCGCGUACCCGGCCUAUUCCCAGGUCGAAGACGUG